CCUGAAGCAAAGACGGGCGAAGACAGAGUGACCACUGACCAAAUUGAAGAUUCAAGGUUUCCAUAUUUUUCCCCAAAUUGCUACCAGCCUACCACCCACCAAAGGCACCAAUCCAUUACCAAAUUGCCACUGCCGACUCCCCGACGGUUUACAUCCGCCCAGCCCCAGCAGCCAGCAGACGAGUGCGCAGCGCCAGUCGCCAGCCAGGUCCGCCAGCAGACACCACCGUCGAGUCCAGACCGACACCGUCCGGCGUCCAGACAGUCCAGUGAGGCAGUGAAGCAGGCAGGCAGGCAGCUCGCACAGGCACAGCGAAUCAGCGAUACAGCCUACAGAUUAUGGAACGAUUUUUUCAACCGAAACGAAAGUCUAUACCUAGUUCUCCUAGUUCUAGUUGUGCUUCUAGUCCUGCCACUGCUUCUAGCCGAGCACUCGAGUUAUUAAAUAGCACAAAAAAGUCUCGGGCUCAAUUCAAUGUAGAUGAUCUUAUAUCUGAUCCAGGAAAACGUCCCCCUAUCGAGUCAUAUGAUCCUAAUAUCAGAGAUGAUGUUAGGAUGUCAUAUUUGCAAAAAGGUCCUUGUCAGCCACAUGGACAUGACUUUCCAAGAAGACGGAUAGGAAAUGAUAAUAGGUGUUUUCGAAGAGAAUGGUUUUCUGAAUUUUAUUGGUUGGAGUACAGUAUAGAAAAUGAUGCGACUUAUUGUUUGCAUUGCUACUUAUUCAAACCAGAUAGAGGGAGUCAAGGGGGUGGACAUAUAUUCACUAAGACUGGCUUUAGGGAUUGGAAGCACAAAAGUACAUUGAAAGAUCAUGUCGGGCUCAUUGAUAGUGCUCAUAAUCAAGCUUUUGCAAAGUGUACCAAUUUGAUGAAUCACAAGCAAAGUAUCUCCCAUGUUAUUUCUAGUCAAAGUAGUAGUCAACAAAAAAAUUAUAGGACAAGGUUAACUGCGGUGCUAGACUGUACUAGAUUUCUCUUGAUGCAAGGAUUGUCAUCUCGUGGUCAUGAUGAAUCGAAAGAGUCUCUUAAUAAAGGAAAUUUGAUUGAGCUACUAAAUUGGUAUGCAACUCGUCGUAAGAAAAUUAAUGAAGUACUAUUUAGUAAUGCUCCUGGAAAUGACCAAAUGACUUCACCAAGCAUCCAUAAGGAUUUGGUUAAUUGUUGUGCUGUUGAGAGGACAAGGUCUAUGAUCAAUGAGAUGCGCGGUUCCUUGUUUUCAAUUUUGGUUGAUGAGUCUCGUGAUAAUUCUGUAAAAGAACAAAUGGCAAUUGUUUUGAGAUUUGUUGACAAAAGUGGACAAGUGAAGGAGCGUUUAUUGGGUAUUUGCCACAUCGCUGAUACUUGUGCCCAAUCACUCAAGGAUGCCAUUGAUGCAAUGUUUUCUACACAUAGGUUGAGCAUAUCUAGUCUGAGAGGUCAAGGUUAUGAUGGAGCAAGUAAUAUGUCAGGUGAGUUCAAUGGUUUAAAAGCUUUAAUUUUAAGAGAGAACCCAUGUGCUAUGUAUAUUCAUCGCUUUGCUCACCAGCUUCAGUUGGCAGUUGUUUCUGUGGCACAUAGGAAUGUUAUGCUUAGUGAUUUAUUUAACAUGCUUGCUAUUAUUGUGAAUUUGGUUGGUGCGUCAUGUAAACGUGUAGAUGCUCUUCGAACAAGUUAUCAUGUUGAAAUUCUGGAGAGGCUUAAUAUUGAAGAACUUUCUGGUGGAACUGGUCAGUUUCAAGAAAUGAGUUUGGCACGUCCAGGUGAUACUAGAUGGGGCUCACAUCUAAAGACAGUUACUCGCUUUAUUAGUAUGUUUAAUGCGUUCAUAGAUGUUCUUGAGAAUAUAUCAGAAGACGGCAUAAGUUUACAACAAAAAUCAAUGGCCAUCAGACAGAUGGACAUUAUGCAAGAUUUUCAAUUUGUGUUCAGUCUCCAUUUUAUGUUUGAAAUUCUUGCAAUUACAGAUGACCUUUCACAAGCCUUACAGAAAAAGGAUCAGAAUAUUCAGAAUGCUAUGAGAUUAUUGAAGUUGUGUAAGUACGCAUUGCAGAACAUGAGAGACAAUGGUUGGGAUACUUUGUUGAGUAAAGUAAUUCAGUUUUGUGUUGAUAGACAUAUUUCAGUGCCCAAUAUGGAUGAUAUUGUAGUAUCGAAAGGUCGACCUAGGCGUGCAAGUCAGCAGGUGAUUUAUUAUCAUUUUUUUUAUGUUGAUUUGUUUUGUUAUGUGAUAGAUUCAAUCUUGCAAGAGUUGAAUGAUCAUUUUCCAGAAACAACUACUGAACUUUUUACUUGCAUUUCGUGUUUAAGUCCAAGAGAUUCAUUUGCAGCUUUUGAUGUAUGUAAAUUGGUUCGACUUGCUCAGUUAUAUCCUAUGGAUUUCAAUAGUGAAGAGCUUUUAUUACUUAGACCUCAACUUGACAAGUUUCUUAUGCUCGUGAGAAUGGAUGAAGCUUUCUUCAACCUCAAAAGCAUAUCUUGUGUAGCUCAGAAGUUGGUUGAAACUGGAAGUUCUUGUUAUUUUCCAUUGGUUUAUAGGCUGAUCACAUUAGUUUUGAUAUUACCAGUGGCAACUGCAAGUGUUGAAAGGGUAUUCUCUGCUAUGAAUCUAAUCAAGAAUGAUCUACGCAACAAAAUGGGAGAUGAAAUGUUGAAUGACAAUUUGGUAGUUUACAUGGAGAGAGAUCUUUUUAUGAAACUUGAGAAUGAGACAAUAUUGCAACGUUUUCAAAAUAUGCGACCUCGUAGAAUUCAGUUGUCUAAGCUUGCAAUUUCAGAAUAA